GAUUUCAUAUGCGCCAAAUCCAACGGUCUCAAGUGGCUGUAUGAGCUUUUCGACUUAUAGCCUAUGGACUCGGCGAAGUAAGGAAUUCAAUCCAUUACCCAUAGCCAACCACGAGAUAGAGAGUUGAAUUUGGAGAAGGAAAAGCGAAGAGAAAAUGCCUAGGUUCGAUCCGUGGCCGGUGUUCUUCAAGCGAGAGUGGAAUCGGAACUGGCCUUUUCUGGUGGGGUUCGCCAUCACGGGAACCAUCAUCACUAAGUUCUCUCUCGGUCUCACGGAGGAAGACGCGAAGAACUCUGCCUUCGUUCAGAGGCACAAGAGGUAG